AUGGACCCAGACGCAAUGGACAUCGACACUCCCCAGCACCACCAACAGCCCCCUCAAUCUCUGAUCCAGGUAGCAGCAGCGGGCACCACAGCUCCACGCGGCUACAUCGGAAACAACCAAGUCUUCCGACACACAUUUGAGAUUGAAAUCCGUAACCCGGUACCGGGACGUAUGCCGGACCUGGAAAUCCUGCGGACGGCACGCGCGCGCAUUCGCACGGGUGUUCAAGCCCCCAUCCCACCGACACGGCUUUCUUAUCCGAGUCAGCGACCCGUGAGAAGGAACUUGGUGCUGCUGAUUAUAAUCGAUACGUUUUCGAUGGAUCGGCAGGAUGCGCUGGUUAUUGCGGAUUGGAGGUUGCAUUUUAUGAUUGAGAUGAUUCACGACGCUCAGGGUUUGGGAUGGUUUCCUGGUUUGCCGUGGAUGCAUGAUCAUUUUCAAGUGCGAGUGGCUGUUUAG